AUGGUCCAGGCAUCUCAGACACAUGGUGUGACAGGCCCCACCGGCCCCGAGGGUGCAGGCAGCUCAGACACACGCGUGACAGGCCCCACCGGCCCUGAGGGUGCAGGCAGCUCAGACACACGCGUGACAGGCCCCACGGGCCCCGAGGGUGCAGGCAGCUCAGACACACGCGUGACAGGCCCCACGGGCCCCGAGGGUGCAGGCAGCUCAGACACACGCGUGACAGGCCCCACGGGCCCCGAGGGUGCAGGCAGCUCAGACACACGCGUGACAGGCCCCACCGGCCCCGAGGGUGCAGGCAGCUCAGACACACGCGUGACAGGCCCCACGGGCCCCGAGGGUGCAGGCAGCUCAGACACACGCGUGACAGGCCCCACGGGCCCCGAGGGUGCAGGCAGCUCGGACACACGCAUGACAGGCCCCACGGGCCCCGAGGGUCCAGGCAUCUCAGACACACGGGUGACAGGCCCCACCGGCCCCGAGGGUGCAGGCAGCUCAGACACACGCAUGACAGGCCCCACGGGCCCCGAGGGUGCAGGCAGCUCAGACACACGCGUGACAGGCCCCACGGGCCCCGAGGGUGCAGGCAGCUCAGACACACGCGUGACAGGCCCCACCGGCCCCGAGGGUGCAGGCAGCUCAGACACACGCAUGACAGGCCCCACGGGCCCCGAGGGUCCAGGCAUCUCAGACACACGGGUGACAGGCCCCACUGGCCCCGAGGGUCCAGGAAGCCUGGACACAUGGGUGACAGGCCAAACCAGCCUCGGGGGUCCAUGCAGCCUGGACAGAUGCGUGACAGGCCCCACCGGCCUCGGGGGUCCAGGCGGCUCAGACCCCCGGCCAUUUCUCCGGAGCUGGAAGCGCCUUAUAGAUGAGGCAGCCUGA